AUGGCAACGGAUACGCCGGAUCCCCAGAAUUUGAAGUCAUGGCAGGAGACGUUUCAAUACCCCAUCCCUACCGUGCGAAAGGUGGAGCAGGAGUUGCGGCGAGACAUUGCAAGCAAUCGCGAGAAGCUGCGGUCUUUGGUCGGGACGCGGUAUCGUGAGCUACUGGAGACCGCAGAAACAAUUGUGGAAAUGAACACGGAAAACCAGGAGGUUGAGGGAAAGCUUGCCAGCCUCGGUCUACGCUGCAAUACGAAUAUAUUGAGCAAAAAGUCAGAUAGAUCGGUGGAAAAACCAGCAGAUGAUGUUGAGAACAAUCGAGCCCUCGCCGCGCAAAUCGCGUUGCUUCACCGCUGUACAACCAUCAUCGGGCGACUAUUGCGCAAACACAAGUCCCUCUUAUUGGCAUCGAAGUUGAUGGUCAUCUCAAGAUUUCUUUAUAAAGCCCUGUCGCAGAGCACAAACGCCCCAUCAUUUGUGGAAAAUUUGAGUGCCCAACUUGACAACUUGCGAAAAACAAUACGAAAACGGAUCAACCGAAAGUUAGGAUCGGCAAACUCAAGCAUUGAAGACAUUAUUGACUCGAUGUCGGCGUUUUGCCUUUCCUAUAGCUCAUCGCCACACGAUGUGCUUGUUCAUUUCCAUACCGUUCGACUAGAAAGUAUCGUGAGACAGCUAGAACGCCGCAGUCACUCGAGAGAAAGUGUGCCGAAGGCUCUCAAUCUCUACAUACAUACUCUGCAAAAUACAAAAACUUUAUCUUCCCGUCGACUGCCUGAUGCCCUGGCCAAACUACAAGGCCAACCUCUGUUGAAUGACGCCGAUAUCCAGGGUUUAGGCGAGCUUGAUCUUGAUGUUUUUGGACGAUGGGUAGCCAGUGACGUCAAGAAUUUCACUCCCUGGAUCAAGUCCGACAGCCUCACCAAACAAUCUGCUGAGAAAUUGAUCAAGAAAUGGUCCAAGGAAGCCUUUGCCCGCUUCUCAGAGAGCAGUGCCGCAGUUUUAAAGGAUUUUGAUAAUUUUGAAGAUGUCCUCUCUUUGCGGAAGGAAACGUUAGAUCUGUGGCUUUCGGCCGCACCUGCAACGAUGACUCAUUCCUCAACCAGUGUGUUGGAAGGAAUCAGGGAUAUUUUCAAUACUCAGUUGAAGACUAUCCUUCUCAACCAGGCCCAAGGAUUAGCCUCGAUUGGCGAUGCAGCAAAGGCACACAUUGACCAGUGGAGCCAAGAAGAAAUAAAACAAACGCAGUCUCUUUGGGAUUCCAGCCUGACAUCCCUAGAGUACUCGAAUGGAGCGACGACCUUUAAAAAGGUCGUCACGGACACACUUCUCGGACGAGACACAAAAGUCUCUAGUGUAUUGAAGCUAUAUGACUCCUGGUUAGUGGCCAUCGAGCACUCUAGGAGCUUAAUCGUCGACUUGAAACACAAUAGAUGGGAAGAAACUCUUGAUGACGGCGAUGACGACGAAAAACUGGAUAACGAUCCAGCGACCCUCUUGAACGAGGAUGAUCCGCACUUGCUGCACGAAGAGCAAGUGAAUGCUAGUAGGCAGGCGUUUCUGGACUUGCAGACGGCCUUUCACACUGUUACCGAAGCCUUUGGAGAUGCCGAUCGGAGCAGUAAAGCAGCCUUCCUUCUGAGAUUGAUCAGAGAAGUUCGGCGAAACGGUCCGUCUGAGAUUCUACAAGAUGAGAGCUUGGGUUUCGCCCAAGAUAUAGUGCCUUCUUUGCAUGAUAUUUUGGCCCAAGAGAUUCUUGCCCAAGUACCAGUGACAAAUCUCCUUCGUCCGUUAAAGAAUACUGCACAACGGUUACCUGGCCGUUCUCUAUGGGACGGAACCCCCGAACUACCAACCCAGCCAUUACCGGCAACAUUCCAAUACUUUCGACGUCUCGUGGUAGCGAUGGAACGUAUUGGUCCAGAUCUAUGGAGCCCCCCUGCAGCGGCAGUUCUUAAAGCAAAAUUGAAUAUAGAGGUCUCAGAAUCUCUCUCCACGAAGCUAAAACAGCUCAAUGACUCUGUUCCCCAAGACGAAAAGGACCAAAAAGAUACUAAACAAAAGGAUACUGAACAAAGCGAUGAUGAGACGGAGGACUCUGAGGAGAAGACGUCGAAUAGUACUGUGGUAUCCAAGGAGGGCCAUCCCAAGCCAUUGCACAAUGCCCGAGAUUGGAAGAUACAACUUGCGUUGGAUGCGUUCUACCUUCGCGAUGCCCUGUCAAUUGAUUCCAGCAAGAAUGAUCUCUUGGACGGCUUCAUUGAAAGAAUUCAAGUUGAAGUUGAAGACGGCGAUAGCAUCAUCGUGUGUGGAAACAGACUUGCGCGGGCGUGGAGCAGCGGCCGCCGGAGAACGGAGCACGGGACUGGUUCGCCGCGGAGAAUCAAUUACAUCGUCAUCGCAUCGUGGGCACUUUCAUUUUCCUACAACAUCCUCAAUCAACAUCACCACGCCAUGGCUGCACCGCGGCUACCGUUUCUCUACCCGCAACUGUUUCGGUCAGUCCGGUCAUGCGAACCAACGGUGCGUCCUUUUCGUUUCUCGACCUCGGCUCCAACAGGCUUCCACACGAGCCAUCGUCGCGACCAAGAAACAUUCCCACCACGCCGCGUCCAAGCGGUAGAACCAAAGAUCCCUCCGCCGUCGCGAACGAAGAAUAAACCCGCAAAAGAACCGAGUGCAAAAUCGGCGAAGAAGAAUGCCAUAUCAAAAUCGCAGGCCUCCGAGAAUGCCCCGCAGGAAGCGGCGCAGAAGCAAGACAGCAAAUCUUCUGUGUCGGAAAAGGAGCUAAACGACAGCGAAGUCGUGAAGAACUACCAACCUAAUAAAGAAGAAAGUGCGGACGCGUCAGCGCAAAGCUCAGAACAGAGCGAUGCUCCACCGCAGCAAGCCAAGAAUGAGCAAAAGACAUCGCAAGAGGUUCCUCCACCACAAAACCCACUCGAUGCGGUCCUUCAAAUGCCGCAGCCAUCAGAUAUGAGUUUGACGAGAAUAGUGGAAGAUAGACAGGGAAUACCGCACUUGACGCCUACACCGUAUGUUCAUCAUUUUGACUCAUACAGUCUUGUGAAGGAUCUCCAAGGAGGCGACUUUAGUGAAGAUCAAGCUAUCACAGUCAUGAAAGCCAUUCGCGGCAUUUUACAAGACAAGCUGAACCAUGCCGAAGAAACUCUUACUUCCAAAUCGGACAGCGAAAACGAAGAAUACUUGUUCAAAGCUGCCUGCUCCGAACUGCAGUCAUCGUUGCAAACAUCCAGACACUCGGAAAUUGAGCGACAGCGGACUUCUCGCACACAUCUACAACACGAAGCCGACAUUUUGAAUCUCCGACUUAACCAGGAACUUGCGAGGCUGAAUGAUGACCUGAAAGGGAUGCGAAAUGACCACAAGAUGACGAUUCGCGAGCAUCAACGCGGUCUGGAUACUGGGAUACAAGAGCUUAACUAUAGAAUUGCUGUCUCUUUGGCUAGUGACGGGAAAAGCGAAGCUGAAGGGUUAAGAUGGGUUCUGACGCGGCGGGCAGCAUUGGCCAUCGCAUUCAGUGCGCGUAAGUCUCAACCAUGUCUUGGUCCUAUCUAUUCGGUAAAAACACUGACAUCUAACGAACAAAUAAGUCAUGGCCAUUACGUUCCUGAAGUUUUAUUCAGUCUACACACAUGA